AGCACGAAUCAAUAUGAGAAGCUUCCAGGUAACUUCAUUGCUGAAGGAAAAAGAAAAAAAAAGGCGGUUAUUUAAUAUUUGAAAGAUUUCCUUUACCAAACACACCACAGGCGCAUUCUAGAUUGCACAGUGGAAACGCAGAAAGACAAAAAUCACAACAUGGAGAACUACGACGCGAAGUUUCUAUGCACCUACGGAGGCGAGAUCAAACGCCGCCCUAACGAUACCAAGAUCUCCUACGUCGGUGGCCUCAACAAGAUCCUCUACGUUAACCGUGGAAUCGACUUCAUCGCCAUGCUCGCCGAACUUUCCGCCCUCUUUGACGUCGCCGGCAACAUCUGCUUCAAGUACCUACUCCCCAACGAUGAACUCGAUGCCCUCAUCUCCGUCACCGGUGACAACGACCUGAACAACAUGAUGCUCGAGUAUGAUAAUCUCUACAGAGAUUCCCCUAAAAUCGCUCGCAUAAGGCUCUUCGUCUUCCCUGGCAACCAUUUCAAUUUGGAUCGCAAUCCCGCUUCCACCGAAACCCUAAAAACCAAGAAGACAGUCAAACAAAACUCCAAAGUCAACGGCGACAGUUUAGUUGUUGUUCUUCCGCCUCCGCCAGUUGAUGUUAAAACAGAGCGGAUUGAUUGUUCUGAUCCGACCCGAUUUAAUAGCCUGUUAUCUGCUGCAAAGUAUGAUGUGUUUCUGAGCUUCAGAGGCGAAGACACACGCAACGGUUUCACUUCCCAUCUUUGUAAAGCUCUGUCGCGAAAGCAGGUAAAGACCUUCGUGGAUUUUACUGUUCAGAAGGGAAAUGAGAUCUCUGCUUCGAUCCACCAAGCAAUUGAAGAGUCGUUCGUAUCGGUGGUUGUGUUCUCGGAGAACUAUGCUUCUUCAAAGUGGUGCUUGGAAGAGCUUGUGAAAAUAAUGGAGUGCAGUAAAGAAAAUGGACUGGUUGCUGUUCCUGUGUUCUAUAAAAUAGAUCGAUCACAUGUGCGGAAGCAGCUUGGAAGUUACAGUGAAGCAUUAAAGAAGUUACAAAAUAAUAGCAUGAAGAAGGUUCAGAAAUGGAGGGAAGCUCUCACUGAAGCAGCAAAUUUAUCUGGGUGGGUCUCCAGCUCCUGCAGGGAUGAGUCUGAGCUCAUUCAAAAGAUUGUGAAAGACGUUUUGCAGAAGCUGAUUGAUCACAACCCACCGAAUGAUAUUAAAAGUUUUGUAGGUAUUGACGGAAAUCUUAAAGCUAUAGAUUCGUCGCUAAGAGAAGUCCUUGAAGUCCAAACAAGAAUGAUUGGAAUUUGGGGCAUGGGUGGGAUAGGAAAGACCACUCUAGCAAAAUUUGUAUUCGAGAAAUACUCUUAUCAGUAUGAAGGUUCCUGCUUCUUGGAAGAUGUUAGAGAAAGAUCAGAAAAAUAUGGACAUUCGCUAUAUGAAUUACGCAAUGAACUUUACUCAGAGUUGUUGCAGGAAAAUAAUUGCAAAGACAGCACAAGAAAAUCCACCAAUGCUAAGGAAAGGCUCCGCAGUCGAAGAAUUUUCAUAGUUCUUGAUGAUGUGAGUUGUUCAAAGCAAUUAAAAUACCUUGCUGGGGAGCAUCUAUGGUUUGGUGCAGGUAGUAAGAUCAUUGUCACAGCUACAGACAAGAGUGUAUUUGCUCAAUGGGAAGAUGAAGAAAUAUAUGAGAUGAAGGUGUUAAAUUCUGAGGACUCCCUUACAUUGUUUAGCUUGAAUGCAUUCAAUCAAGACCAUCCGAAAAUGGGAUAUGAAAAUCUAUCAUGGGAAGCAGUUAAAUAUUGUGAAGGUUUACCAUUAGCUUUGAAAGUGUUGGGUUCUUUUCUUCGUUCCAAGAGUGAAAUUGAAUGGGAUAGUGCAUUGCAAAACAUCAAAAAGAUUCCUGACGCACCAAUUCAAAAUGUAUUAAGGUUGACCUAUGAUGGAUUAAAUUAUGAGGAGAGAGAAAUUUUUCUAGACAUUGCAUGUUUUUUUAAGGGAUUCCUUAAAGAACAUGUAGUUAAUCUGUUAGAAAAUUGUGGCUUCGAUGCAGCUAAUGGCAUGAGGUCCCUUCAUGAUAAGUCUCUAAUAGCUAUAUCUGAUAAUUCUCUGAGGAUGCAUGACUUGAUCCAUGAAAUGGCUUUGGAAAUUGUUCGCAAAGAAUCUAUCAAAAAUCCUGAAUAUCGUAGCCGUUUGUGGGACUAUAAUGAUAUUAGGGAUGUUUUGGGAAACAACAAGGGAACCGAUGCAAUUGAAAGCAUAAUGUUAGAUAUGUCUCAUAUAGAUGAUCUACAGUUGAGUGCUGACACAUUCAAAAAGAUGUCUAGAUUAAGAUUGCUCAAAUUGUAUGACUCGUCAGAGAAGCAUGGUAAAUUAAGUAAUCUGCAGCUUCCUAUAGGGUUGAAGCCAUUAAGGUACUUUGAAUGGCAUGCGUACCCUUUGCCGACUCUGCCAUCAAACUUUUGUCCCGAGAAGCUUGUUACCCUCCGUAUUCAGAACAGUCAACUUGCAAGACUAUGGGAUGGAAAGCAGAAUCUUGUGGAUUUAGAGGAAGUAGAUCUAACUGGGUGCCAAAAGUUGGUAGAACUCCCAGAUCUCUCUAAAGCAAAAAAUCUUAAAAGUGUACAUCUGUCCAACUGUAGAAGUUUGGCCCAUGUCCAUCCAUCUAUUUUAUCACUUGGCAAGCUUGAGCUUUUGGAUCUAUUGAAUUGCAUUAAGCUUGAAAUGCUUGGAAACAAGAAGCAUUCAAGAUCUCUUAAGCACCUGUGCGUUGCU